UGUGGGAAGCUCCGUGUCGCAUAGAAAUACGCUCUGUCAGAAACUUUCCGGUUUAUUUUUGUUCCGUCGCCGGCGUUGAGACAUGGCGUCCGCAUUUCUGAAGGUUGCAGUUUCCAGUCUUUCAAGACAUUCUCAUCUCGCACUCCGAAGAGCACGUUCGACCUCAGCACCCCUUCAUCAGGGUAUCCCCGGCUCACUGUGGAACCUGGGCAAGCUGAACCACAUUGCCAUUGCCGUCCCAGACAUGGACAAGGCCACAGCCCUAUAUCGAGACAUCCUCGGUGCCACAGUCAGUGAAAAAGUGCCUCUCCCAGAGCAUGGCGUCUACACAGUCUUUGUGGAACUCGGCAACACAAAGCUGGAGCUUCUCCAUCCUCUGGGUGACAAAAGCCCCAUUUCUGGAUUCUUGCAGAAGAACAAAGCUGGCGGAAUGCACCACAUUUGUAUUGAGGUUGACAACAUCAAUGCUGCGAUCAAAGACCUGAAGUUAAAGAACAUCCGAACUCUUUCUGCAGAGCCACGAAUCGGAGCUCAUGGAAAACCAGUAAUGUUUCUUCAUCCCAAAGACUGUGAUGGUGUACUCGUGGAGCUGGAAGAAGCAUGAAGUGGAUCAAGAACUUUGUAUGUUGUUCCUUUAAUUCCAGAGAUACAAACGUGCAUUGGUUAUGUAGUUUUAUCGUGGUUUGUUAUGAUACUUUCUUUAAAGUCAUGUCGAAUUAACUUCCUGUUGUGCGGGAGUACCUUGAUAUUCGGGAUUUUGCAUGUUUUUGUCUCUCAUAUAUUGAAGCAUUGCUUUCAAUUUACUCAAUGAACAAAUGAAUGUUUGCAGCUCUUGAAGAAUUGUUGAAGCGGGCUGGGCAUUUAUUAAAUGUGCAUGUAAAUAUCGAGGUGAAUUUAUCACGAUUGUUUUGGUCGUAAUUGAAAUCACACUUAUUUGUAAAAGGUUCCUGGCAUGCGUACUCACUGCCGUCACCCUGGCUGUAGCCAAGAAAAAUCAUGUACCAGCGUCACACAGUCACUGCUCUUGUGUACAUUUGCAUCUGCUCCCUGAGGUCUGUCCUUAUAAAUCAAAUUGCAGUUACACAACUAUUUUGUGAAGCGCUUUGUUACACUUGCGGCUGUUGUGAAAGCACAAUAUCAAUAAAGAUUUAUUGUAUUCUAUUAA